CAGUCUGAACUCUGAAAUUCCAGUGAGCGCUCGAUGGCGGCGCAUGGCGAUGCGGCGACCGCCGGCAAGAUAGGGAGAGAGAAGGAGAAGAGGGGUCCCGAGGUCGGCUAGAUUCCCGGGAGGCGCGACGCCUCCUCCUACGCCUCUAGGUAACCUCGACAGGCACCGCCGGCGCCGGCGCCCUGGGCGGUUGUCUUUCCUCCCCCAUUAAUCGCACCGUCGGUUCACAGAUGUACGCUCCGCGCCGGGAGCGUCUAAGUGCUCUACUGCCGGUUACUUUGGUAAUCUUUACCCCGUGUAUACGUUGGUUGUUGCUUAUUAGCGAAUUUGAUGUGGCCUUUUUCCAGAUUCGUAUUCGUAUGGGCGCGCUCGACUGUCUGCUAACUGCUAGCUAUUCGAUUAUCAAAUCGGCUUCCAUUAACCCAUGAUAUCGACGUUGAUGAUUUGAAGGGCUUUGUCGUCUGGGAUCUCUUCCUUCGGGGAUUUUCCGGUGCCCCUGAUUUCCCCGGGCGGGGUUGUGAUAUCUGAAUCGACCUGUCCCUCUUUGUGUAUCAAAUCGUGCACUGCAAUGUGAACCGGUGAGAGCCGGGAACUAUGAAUUAGCAAGUGCGUUUGUGAAUCAGCACACUGGCAGUUUGUAUAUGUUCAUGCACUUCCAGUUUUCUUCCACCAUGCCAAAACAUGUAUCUAUAGGGAAGCCAUUCAGCAUGCAUCGCUUACACGCCAAUUUCUGAUUACAAUUUCUAACUUAGUGAUUUACAGAUGGGCUGUAAACUUGCAAACUCAGUAGCUGGCCUUGCAAACAAUUAUCCGCUUAACUGGUCCAUGAAACCUUGUAAAUAUUUUGUUUCGCAUGCUGUAACAGGGGGAGAAUUCCUGUCAGUAGCACACGGCCUGUUAUGCGGCCCUAUAAACAUGUUUUUGCACUCUGUUUACCAUCCAAGCACCUCUGACACUAUAUAUGUACAAAGUUUUGAAGUAAAUAAUGUUUUUCCUGCUCUAACUUCUGGAACACAGUUCAAACUUUCUUUUAUGUUAAACUAACAUAAAAGGCUGCAGGCUAUAUGCAGUGUAUGCUCUCAGUUACUCAGUAGUGGGCAUUCAGUGGAAAUCUAGGCUGCGGGCUACAUGCAUAUUUGCAAGCAAUACCAAUAUUCCUGGGUCUUUUGUGUCGUGAAAACCUGAGAUAUUUUUAUUCGUUCAAGCAUGGCGAGAAACAAGGAUAAUUCAGGUUUACUGCCUACUGUUUGUUUUUGUUUACAUUACAUACAAUACAACAACUAAGGGUGGUACGGCAGAACCAUAUCCCUAGUAUGUGCAUAAUGCAUUGCCACUGAGGGGGAACACUUCAUGUGUCAUUUGACUUACAUACAAUUCAUCGACGUGAAAAUAGUAUUUUUUUGAGAGGAAAAUAGUAUUUUCUGUAUGUUAUUUUUAUAUAUAGGGAAAGUAAGGAGAAAUUUAUCAGGAAUUGAUCAUUGAAGUACACGCAUGUGUUUAAUAUAUUCUCCGUUCCGAGAAGACAUAUGCUAGUUCAGAAGAGAGAUAUGCGACUAUCCUUUUGGUAGUGUCUCAUGGAACAAAUUCCUUAAAAAAAUCAUGCGACUUAAUUUCUAAUAAAGAUAUAGCAUAAUAUAUGUGUAGUUAAUUCCUCAAAAAACACAUAUGCACCACACUGGACAUGGCAUAUAUCAUUCUGGAUAAGAGUGGAGACAAGCCCGGGAAACCAGGGUGGCUGCCCGAGCUGUGGAGAUUUUUUCUCCGAGUUUUAGUAGUUUUAAGCUUGGCCCUGGGUGUAUCUUCCUCAAUUUCACACUCCCAAUCCUAGACUGCAAUGACCCCGAGCUUGGUUAAAUCAUUUCUCCACCACUGUUUCUGGAAGUGAUGAAUAAUUAAUAGCAUGUGUAUAUCUUGCUUUUUAAGGAAUUAGUCCUAUACCUUUUUAUCGAAACAAUUGCAUGUUACAUUAGUUUUCUUGGUACAUUUUCGUGCGGAUAGGUCCAUAUAUAGAUAUUUGAGGCCUAAAUACGAGCAGAUAUGGUGAUGCAAUUGGGGCUAGAGUGAGUGUCUGUUGCAACAUUAAAAUGUGAUGCCAUUGCAGCGAGCGCAAGUGUUUUUUUUGUCUGUUGUCAAAUUAUUUGUACAGGGUAGAAAUUAGUGCUCAUGCAUGCAUGUAUGAGUGCAAGUUUGCAAUAUUGCCAGCCAUGUGUCAUGUACCAUCGCAAGCUCAAAUUCACCACCAUGCAUUGAUUAUGUGAGAUAUCCCCACGACACCUGUGCACAGAAUGACUCCGCACUAGAUUUCAUGUUAUGCAUGACAGCAUGCUGUAAAACCGUUGCAGGUUAUAAGUGAUGUAGUUGACCAAUGAUUGCCUUAUUUACCUUCCAGAAUUUUUCCUGAGGAAUUAUCUUAAAACAGCACAUUACUUCACUGACACCAUUGGUAUGUUUUGACAUUCCAAAGUUGAGACCCUCUAGGACUAGGAAGUUUUAAUGGUUGUAAGUUGUAAAUGAAGUAUCAAUAUGUUUGCCAAUUAGUAGGUGAAUGGCAUGUUUUGUUUGUUUAGGUAUCUAUCAUUAUGUUUGCCAGUGUGCCAAAGGAAGACUAUUGUUGGUCUUGGUCUGUAUCAGAUGAUGGAUUUGUUCGUGGGCUUUUUUUUUGCCUAUGGUAUUGGAAACUAAAAGCUUAUCGUCUCCUUUUUCAUAACUAUUUUAAGUGGAAGCUAUUUCAAUACGACAAAUAUCCAAAUCAGGUACGGAAUCCGAUACCGGCACAGCAACAUGCAGAAGUAUCGAGGACCUUGGAAAACUUAGGUUGGCAUACUACUCUUUUGGUAAAUGACAGUGCACAUUAAAUAUGGUUAUUACUGAACUGUUAUCCCAUUUGGGUUAACCAUAGGGUGUAUAUUGCCUGUGAAUUAGUUGAUUUGUUUUUGCUAGACUGUUUGAAAUGCAGGCCGAGUCACAACAAAAAGUGUGUAAAAAGCCUGGUCAGAGAGAACAGAUAGCAUGAAGUCAUGAUUCAUAAGGGUUCACGUCCUUACAUGUUCUUUACAUGGGAAACUGAAGCACAAGAGGACAAAAUAAUGAUGAGGUUUACAUGUAUUGCCAAAUCAGUAUAUCUUGUUCAACUUCCGCUUUGAACGCCGAAAUACAAGUCAGCUUUGAAUAAGGAUGGACACUACUCCUUAAAUUCUUGUCUUUUUCUAACUUUAUUGCUAUAUAACACCCUAUGUUUUGCCCUCGGUGAAGGUCUCACUCCAAAAGAAGGUAUUAGAUCCAUCGUAAACAUUGUAGCCUCCUCUGCUUCCCAUAGGGCCACACUGACCUGCAAUGGAAAAAAAUUCAGUUUUAGUUCUGGAUCAUGAUCCGGUAUCCCUGUUGAACAUCUCCAAUACGCUUGUCAAAUUCAACUUCAAAGUCCUGUGCUUCCAAACAGUAGAAGAAGCCCUCGAUUCCCUCGAAAGGGGGGUUAUUAAAGGUGAGGAGCUUGAUUUGGUGGUAGUGGAAGUUCAUACUGCCAAUACAGCGAAUGAAACUUUGGCUGUGUUUCACCACAUCCUGGAUGCACUCGGAGUGCCUUUCGUCACAAUGUGUGGUUAUGAUGAUGUAGAGGCAGUCUCUGAACGUAUGACCCUAGGAUCAUGCUUCAAUGUGCUUAAGCCAUUUGACACUGAAACCCUCAACAUUCUGAUGCACAAAGCACUGCAACACAAAUCUAGAAGGGUGCUACCUGAGGGAUCAAGCAUUCCAAAGAAAACCCAAGGUAGAAAGGAUUCCUCAUCUGCUAAAAAUCACAGGUCUGAAACUGAGGGUGAAGAACCUUAUGUGUUCAAAGCACAUAGCUCAAAGAAGCUGUGUCGUUUCACAUGGACCAGUCACCUCCAUGAAAGGUUCUUGCGGGCUGUUGAAGUGCUUGGGGAGUUUGCUACGCCUAGAAAUAUUCGUGGGCACAUGAAUGUCGAGAAUUUGAAUUUGACCUUGGAGCACAUAGCAAGCCAUCUCCAGAAACAUCGGCUGCGAGAGCAGAAGGCAAAGCAAAAAGAGGAGGAAUCUGAAAAACAUGCCAGCAUGAAAAUAUUAUCUGACCUGAUUACAUCAUCUCACAAGGAAGCCAUUCCUGAUCCCAUUGAUCAUCUGACGAGCACACAGAGGAAGAUCACACAUGAGGUUGCCUCUGCUGCCUGUGAUAAGUACCCUGGAAAUCCGUGGGCACAAGUGGAGGAACGUUCACCCGAAGAAGUUUUAGAGACUAACGUGCACACAGCUGCAGUUUCUGAACGCCCUUCCAUAUCCGUGUGGGAUAAAUACGAGGAGAGCCUGCAGUGCUUUGGUGAAAGCCCGCCGAAAAGAAUUUCACUGACGUACCAACCGAUAUGGCUGCCUGUGAAGAGUAAAGCUGUUGAUGGAUAUGGAGGCAUUGCAUAUUUAUCACGAACUGUUGCUGGUGAAACGGGUUAUGGUGCACCAGGAAGCGUACCCCCGGAGAGCUCUGGCCCGGACAGCAUGAUAACAAGCCUGUUUCAGCAACAGAAAAACACCAUGAACCAGGUUCACACCGCGGUUAAUCUACAGAAAGAUAUCAUUAACCAGGUGUGCCCCGCAGUUGCUCCUCUCGGAAAUACCAUGAAUGGGGUGCACGCUGCAGCCAUGGUCGCUGAUGGUCUGGUGGAUCUAGGGAUCAAUGGCCUGCUUGAUGGUACAGGCAGUUCCAGCUCCACUGCAGAGAAGAUGGCGUGUGAUUCAAUCUGCAGCUGGAAAGAAGCGGAAAGAUUUCUGAUGAACCAGCUGGAAGGAGAGGAGCAGGAGGGCAUUGGACCAGACGUUCAGCUCCAGGUAGACGAUGCUUGGAAGCAGAUGCUUCAGCCGACGAACAUAGACGACGAUGCUCCCGUGGCUCAAACAAAUGAUGUGCCUGCUGUUCAAGAACCUGCCACUGGUGGUACUCUGGCGUAUGAUCCUGAGUUUAGCAUUGAUGAUGUGCAGCCCUGGAGCCCUUUUAGCAUUGAUGAUGUGCAGCCCUGGAGCCCUCAGUUUUCAGGUGACGACUAUGGCAUGCCGUUCUAGGACAGGAGAGGUGACUGAAUACCUGAAAGUUGUAUAAGAACUAAUGAAUACUAGUAAUAAUGGUCACUGGUGAGAAAACCCCGGAUGAAAUAAGAGAGAGCUGCAGAUAACUGAGCUCAGGCAAAACAUGUGUCGUUGUAUGCAGACAUAUCCAGUGCUUCGUGACACUGGUUAAACAUAUUUGGCUGUUUUGUUUCCAAUGUUUACUCUUCUGUAUGCAUUAUGACCCGUAAUUAUGUAUGUAUGUCAGUUCUUUCUAGAAGGUGUUGCUUAUAGUUCUUUUUCCUAAUAAUGAAGGAGCAGUAACCUCCCCAGUUCAUCA